GCGGGAUCAAUAUAGGCAAGAUUCUCGACCAAUAAGAAAUGUAGGAAUUUGCCUUCAGACGCUACAGCCUUAUAAACUUGUGGGCCCCUUUGCAACAGGGAACAUUUUCUUCUGAAUAUCAGCAAUACGGUGUUUUCAUCAUGAGGAUCUAUUUAGCGGCAUUUGCACUUUGCCUUAGUGCAGUAUUUGCUGCUCCUACUUUGGACAAGCAGUUGGACGACCAUUGGGAUCAGUGGAAGACCUGGCACAGUAAAAAAUACCAUGAGAAAGAGGAGGGGUGGAGGCGGAUGGUUUGGGAGAAGAACUUGAAAAAGAUCGAACUGCACAACCUCGAGCACUCCAUGGGCAAACACACCUACAGACUCGGAAUGAACCACUUUGGUGACAUGACCCACGAGGAGUUCAGGCAGGUAAUGAAUGGCUACAAGCACAAGAAUGAGAGGAGAUUCAAGGGUUCCCUUUUCAUGGAGCCCAACUUCCUGGAGGUCCCAAACAAGCUGGACUGGAGGGAGAAGGGAUUUGUGACUCCUGUGAAGGAUCAGGGUGAGUGUGGUUCUUGCUGGGCCUUUAGCACUACUGGAGCCCUGGAGGGUCAGAUGUUCAGGAAGACAGGAAAACUGGUGUCUCUGAGUGAGCAGAACCUGGUUGACUGCUCCCGUCCUGAAGGCAAUGAGGGCUGCAAUGGAGGUCUCAUGGACCAGGCAUUCCAGUACAUCAAGGACAACAGUGGUAUCGAUUCAGAGGAAUCCUACCCCUACUUGGGAACUGACGAUCAACCCUGCCACUAUGAUCCCAAAUUCAAUGCAGCUAAUGACACCGGAUUUGUCGACAUUCCCAGCGGAAAGGAGCAUGCUCUGAUGAAGGCUGUCAUCGCUGUGGGGCCAGUGUCUGUGGCUAUUGAUGCUGGUCACGAGUCUUUCCAGUUCUACCAGUCAGGUAUCUACUUUGAGAAAGAUUGCAGCAGCGAGGAGCUAGAUCAUGGUGUUCUUACCGUUGGUUAUGGCUUUGAUGGUGAAGAUGUUGAUGGCAAGAAGUACUGGAUUGUCAAGAACAGCUGGAGUGAAAACUGGGGUGAUAAAGGAUAUAUCUACAUGGCUAAGGAUAGACACAAUCACUGCGGCAUUGCUACAGCAGCUAGCUACCCACUUGUCUGAAGAAGAAUACCUAGAAUAUCAAGAAAUAGAAUCAGAAGGCCACAUUAGUGUCUCAGGUGCCUGAGUGGCUCACUGAAGCCCAGUGUAGUGAAAAAUAAUUCACUUGAAACAGAUGACUGUUUGUAUUGCAGUCUAUGAGUCUGGACAGUCAGAGAAUGAAACCUCAACACUAUAGGUAUUGCGUGACACAAUGUUUUAGGGAAUUUAUGCAAUUUGUGUGCCAUUAAUUUUAGUUAAUUUUGCCUCAGUGUAUUGUAAAUACAUGCUCUUCACUGUGAAUUUAAAUGUAAAAAAUUUUUUUCUACUCUAUUGUAUGAUCAAUAAAACUUUUAAAAAUGUAA